AAAUCACUAAGGAAGCAGUGGAGUCUACGUGAGUUUAAGGGGAAAAAUUAGGCUUUGUUUAUGCACAACUGGAUUAGAAGGGAAAACAAUAUAAAGGUACAUUUUUAUUUAGCUAGUUCAUAUUUAAGUAUGACUUUUUCUUUUUUUUGAAAACUGUGAUCGAAAAAUCACGAAUGCAUAAGCAUUUCUGUUUAGCGUAAAGUCUGCGAGACGGAACUUCAAAGAGAAAAUUUAGAUGAGUUUCCUCUGGAUAACGUUUUCACUCGAAUGCUGAAGUCCAGUCCUCGCGCGGUACUGGUAUCGGUGAUCACAUUGGUGCUUUUUAUUACAACCACAUUCACAUGUGGGCCCAAGUGUUAUUCUCCCAGAACAGGCGCUUGCCAUAAUGUAACCAUUCCUGUGCCGCGGUCCUGUCCCGCCGUCAAGGCGAACUGGAGAAAGAAAUGCUCGGCCCCGAUGACCGAGAGUCUCCUGGAAGCUGAUUGGUUGCUUUCGUCCGGCGUGACAGUUACUUUCAUCAGGUGUCAUCGGGAGCGAGACUGUGCGCGUCCGCCAGCGCAUCCUUCAGCCCUCGCAUUUUCUAUGACUAAGGUCUGCUUGGUUCCAGUACAAAGGCAACAGAUUUUCAGCAGAAAGUCAGAUGAAUGGCAAAGAGACGCCCCAGAGCACAGGCCAGGAAGCCAUUUUGUGGAAGACCGCCCCCUUUGCUCUUCUGCGCCUGCGAGUCCCUGGAGCCACUCCCUUUACGCCCUGGUCCACCCCCUCACUGGCGGCAUGCUCCCCCGAGACAGACGCCACUCUCCCACUCAACACAAAAAUAUAAGAAGUUUGGUGAAGCCACCACCAUUUGGGCUUACGUUCCGUAAAUGUGCACAGCAGGUGGAAGUUGGUCUGGAGUUCCCCCGGGUGACCAUCUACCUGCUGAUUAACAACACAGGCACGCCCGCCGGCGCCCACCUCACCCAGCUCAGCGUCCGAGACACCGUGUCCGGCCUGUCACUCCUGGAAAACCAUGGCAAAGUGCUGGAGAAGGGCUUCUUGACUUUUGCUGAGGAUUCCCUAUCGGCUGGUUUUCACUACUCACUGAAUUACAGCGCCAUCAUCAGGGCCCACAGAGAUGAGAUCCUGGAACUGCCUGCCUACCUGACGUUUUCCAACGCCUCUCAGAAUGAUAUCAACUUGUUUGGUCCUGUGGUUGCCAAUCUUACAAUUAGGAUCAAUUCUACUGAGAAGGUAUACCCAAACCACGGCAUCCACUUUGCCGGUUUUCUGGGCUCCUUCACGUCGGUGGUGUUUCUGGGCCUUCUCCUCAUCCACAGGCUGUACACUGUUGCCCGGAGGAACACGCUGCAGCAACGGAGAAGGGCAGGAGUUCUGAACGGCGACCCAGAUCCAGAGUAUGCCGUUUGCAACAUCAGUGAGACUGCCAAGGAGGAGGCGGCCUUUGAGGACAAGAUAGUGGACAUCAUGGUACUGGAGGAUCCCCAGAAUAUGCGCCAAGCCCUGGAGAAUUUGCACAUGUCUGAUCUGCUGCGAGCGGCGGCCGGCCUGGAGAGCAGCCGAGUGCAGAUCCACAAAGACCUGGCAGCGGCGUUGCUGCGAGGCCCCCGCCUGCAGGGACAGCUGUCUGCCCAGGCCGAGGGCCGGCUACUGGGCGUGCUGCACGGGCAGCUGAUGGGCAUGGAGGGCAAGCUGAAGGAGGAGCACGUGGCACGAGUGGCGGCGCUGGCGGCCCAGUGCGGCCUGGAGACGCGCGAGGAGAUGGAGGCUGAGCACCGGAGGCAGGCCGCCCAGAAGGCCCUAGCUGAGCGCCUCUUACAGCAGGCUCCACGGCAGCUGGCCCUGGAAUGCAGCAUGCUGCUGGACAAGCUGCAUGAGCUGGACCAGGACCGGCUCAGGAGGGGUCUGCUGGCCCGUCACGAGGAGGCCUCGGCCCGCGUUCAGAGGCAGGCCGUGGUGCAACGACGGGCCGAGCUGCACAAGAUCUUCUCUGAGGAGCUGGAGGAGGCCACCCGGAUGGGGGAGAUGGACAGGGGUGUGGCCAAUGGUCUUCUGCACACCUACUUCACCUGCCAGGAUCAGCUGGAGGAAGUGCUAGAUGUAUUCCUGGCCAAUCAGAGGAGCGUCCUCGGGGAGCGCCACGCCCAGAGACAGUUCCUUGUGCACAGCCUCCAGAGUCUGAAGAGUCUAAUGUGCGAGGUGUUUGCCAAGACGUCAGCCCAGAUGGAGAGCUGGUUCCGGGAACUGAGGAAAAAGGCCUGUGUGGCUGAGGAGCAGUUGGAGCAGCUUCUGGAAAAGGCCAAGAAGGAACUUCUGCUGGUGAAACAGGGCCUGGAUGAGGUUCUGACGCAAGAGCGCAGCUCUAUGCACUGCGAGCUAGUGAAGAAGAGGAGGGGCCUCAUCUCUGACAAGCUGCAAGAGCACAAGCGCAAGCAGAAGGAACUGUCAGCUCUGGGACGGGUCUGGGCAGAGGGUACUGACCUGGCCCCUUACCUGCUUCGUUGGCACAGCCUGCUCACCUCGCAGUGCCUGGAACUGGGCGAGCUCAUCAACAACCUGGACGAGGAGGCAGCCGCUGACAUCCGCAAGGUGACGAUGCGGGCGAUCCAUAGCUCCAUGGUGGAGGUGAAGGCCAUCCUGCCUGAGGCAGCCGGCGCGUUGCUGGGCCCGGGGUCGACAUGCUUCCUGCCGCAGCGGGAGCCAGUGGGCGCCGCCCUGGCUGAGGCCCAGGAGCGGCUGCAUGGUGAGGGCAAGGCAGCACAGCGCCUCCUACAGGCUACCCGUGAUGACCUGCAGCACUGCCUGGAGCAGGAGCUGCAUGAGCAGCGGGAGCUCCGGCUGCAUGCCAGGGGAUACUUCCAGACCCUCUGUGCCUCCCAGCUCACUCUGUCCGAGGAGGAGUUGCUCCGAUUGAAGCUGGCAUUCCAGAAUUGCCUGUCCCAGAUGGACCACUGCCUGGUGCUGCCUCGAGCCCAUUCCCGCUGCCGGCUGCAGGCCCUGCUUUCCCAGUGGAGGCGAGAGCAGCUCCUGGAGAAAAGGACUCAGCCUUUUGGUCUGCCGGUGGAGGAGAGAUGGGAAACGUGUCCAUCAGAGCUCCUGGCACUCAGGAAGCAGACCGAGACACAACUUCAGAUCUAUGAGCAGGAGGAGGAGGAGGAGAGCACGGCCAUGAAGAAGGUGCUGGAGGAGAUGCGUCUGGAGCGGGAGGAGGAGUUACAGGUCCAGGAGGAGGACCUGGCAGUGCAGGCAGCUGUCGUCCACUUCCAGCGGGCAGAGAAAAGGACAAGGGCUUUAGAGACAUAUGGGGCCAUUCUCAAGCUGCAGGGCCACCUGGUGGAGGAGAUGCGUCCCACUGGGGCCCUGGGAGCACCCGAAGUGGCCCAGAGUAUUCGCAACCACCGGCAGGGCCUUGAAGAGGCAGACCUCCUGUUGCAGAGGGAGAGGACAGAAUGGGAGGCCUUAGCGACAGGCAACCCAGAGUCUGAUGACAUUCUGGACAAAGCGGGAGAGAACGGCAUGUUCCAUGUAGAAGAAGACUGCAGGAUUUCCGUGGGCCUCCAGGAGGCGCUGCGCAUGUGCGAGCAGGUCACCAGAGCACUCACAGAGAGGUUGCGUGAUGAGAAUGAAAGAAGCCAGGUGAUCGAAGAUCUUAAGGAGCAGUUGGAGCUGAAGGGCAUCUACACACACCUGGACCAGGAGCUGGACUUCAUGGCAGGCCUACUGAAGCGGACCCAGGUGUCAGCUGGCACCCUCCUAGAGACCCUGGGGCUUCUACUGCCUACCUCCCCAGAGGCCGAUCUGCUCUCCCUGGUGGACGUGCUGUAUCCCAGGCAGUCCCUGUCCUUAGCAGCAGCUGAGCGGGACAGAGGGUGGGCUGACGGAACAAGAGCAGCUCUCUUGAGUAGACUGAGGGACGACAUCAUCCGUCGGAAUAUUCUAACACCUCCACAGGGCAAAGAGAGAGAGAGGAUCCUGAAGAAGAGACAAAGCCUUCUGGAGAAGCUCUUCUCUCCUCCACGAGCUGAGAGUUCCGGAAGCACUCAUCAAAUUUUGGUUGAGGAGAAACCCCUAGAGGUGUCAGGCAGACCAUCAGUGUCGCAUCCCAACCCAACCUCUAUAUCGGAGCGUGAGAUUGCGGAUGCGAGACAGGCUUCUGGCCAGGAUAUGGAAGUGGAUGUCAGUGUGAGCACACAAGCCACCCAGAGCUGGGACCCCUCUGACACAGAGGGAAAGGUGUUUGUCUUCAAGCUGCAGCCUGAGGUGACUGAUUUGGCAGGCACAGCACCAAAGAAAGAACGAAGGAAAAAGAGAAACUACCUCAACUUCAAGAAGGGGGCUGUAGCUCCACAGGAAGAAGAGUGACGUAGCUGACCAGGCCGGAUUGGUUCUAGAGUCGCUGAACACCACUGGCCAGACCAUCCUGUUUAAAAGCCUCUGCUCUGUACUUAGCAAUCAGUAUUAUUCACAUCUGCAUGUCUGCAUGUCUCCAUUUCGAAUGUUAAUCUCAUGUAAUGUUCCACUUUUUUACGUAUAUUUUUAUUAUUCUUAAUUUUUAUUAUUUUUUGUUUUCAUUAUUAAUAUAAUUUUUUACAUGUAUUAUACAUGUACCUUUUACACAUAUUUAUGCAUAAGUCUGUUGUCCUUAGUUAGUUGUCUUAAGCUAGUUGUCUUUCAGGAAUUAUAGUUGUAAUAUUGUGCUUUAAUAAUAUUAGUUUUUACUGUUUAUAUUAGUACAGGUAAAAUUUUAUUUGGAUAGUCCCCCUUCAGAGCGUAUACAGAGUAUUUGUAACAUCUCAACAACUUAUUAGUUGCGAUUCAGCAAUUCAUAUAACAUUGGUUGAGUGAGUAGUCAAAAUGAAUUAAAUUAUUCUAAGAAUAUACUGGGUACUGUAUGUUUCUGAAUUGUUACAUAUACUCUGUAUACUGUGUAUUCUGUUGAACAUCUACAGACACAGCAAAACAGCUGAAUUUUUCAAUCUCAUCUAAGUUUUUCAGAUGUUACAAAUACUCAGUCUGCCUACAAAGGGUUAACAAUCUAAAUAAAGUGUUACCCCAUUAAAUAAUAAACAGUUUUAUAGUAGUAAUACUAAUCUAUUUGUUGCAUGUCUAACUUUCCUAGAUAUUUCUAGAAUUUCUUUGGGUAUUUAUUCGCAAUGUCUGAAUUUAUUUAAGUGAACUAUACUUGGCGUGCAGUUUAUCACCUAUGCCUGCUUGUUAAUGCGCACAGUCCGCUCUUCUCUACACUUUGGAGUAAUGUGGUUGUAACUGACUAUGUUGAAUAUAUCCAACUGAAUUUGUAUUCUAGGCCUGGGUUCCCCUAUUGGAGGGUCAGAAUCCAAUAGUCUAGAUUUCCCUGCUGAAACACACCUACUAAAGCUGGUGAUUGGCUAAUUAAGACGUGAGUGCAGCAGCGAGAUCUGCAGACUGUGUUGGAUGCUGGAACCCAGUUCAAGUGAGUUAAUCAUUCUUUGGGGCAUCCAGGGCGUGUCUCCAUGGAACUAGGUGUGUACAACUAUACAGUUCUUCCCAAAUACACAAAAAUGUACGUCUGUCCUCCCCAAAAGAUCUUAUAUUAUCCUCCCAAUAAAUAUCUGUAUUACAGUACUAUUUAAAUCCUUUGAAGUCUGCCUAUCAGACUCAUCAGUAUGACUCUUGUCAAGAUUCCAGUUCUGCAGUAAUUUAUACAAAUCUGAAGAAGCCCUUAACUAGUUCAUCCUAAUAUUAGCAGUUCACAACAUAAAUGUUCAGCAUUAGACUAUAAAGCCAAGUGAACUGAUUUUAUAUAUUGUUUUCCUGGUGUACAAUCACACAUACUAAUCAGUAAAUUCAACCGGAUGGUCAUUGCAUCUUAUUUGUGAUGUCAAAUCAAGAACAGUUUUAGUUGGUUGAGGCAGCAGGAAAUGAAGUAGGAAAAAUAAUACUCUUUACUGCCUCCCUGAAAUAGAAUAAUGACAUAGUGAUAUCUGAGUCUGAUAGAAUGACAUUUGGGUUGGAAAUAAAGCUGUCUGCUUGGAUUGAUAAGGAAGUCCUUUAUGCAUAGAUCCCAUUGUCCCCCAUUGACAGCAGAAUAUUCAAGUGUGAGAAUAUUUUUCCAUGUUUCUUCUGUCGCUGUGCCAUGUUUAGUGGCUGUGGAGCUUUUCCCAUCACCACUGGCACGUGGCUUCCAGUCCUGAUGCAGGCCACAGUAAGGAAUGUGCUGUUGGUCGAGCACACGCCGGGCUCGCAGAAAGGAGCCCCACAUGGACAAUUGAACUCGCAGAGGUGAGCUAUUCACUUGUUCCUGGUGGGAGCUCCCAACUACUAAAAGGAGAGCAAGAUUUUUUUUUAUAUGUGCAAGCCGCUCCCUGCUAGGCCUUUGUAUCUCUUCACGUUGGGAUUCUUUCCUCAUUAUUCUUGUAGGUUGUCAUUUUUUGAUAUGACAGGACAUUUGCAGCCCCAGCUAUAAACGGAGUGUCUAAUUGCCUAUUGCACAAUGCAGCCACGGCCACACACUGUGGUUACAUUAGAGACCCCAAGAGACUUGCAAAUUUCACACAGAGAGCAGAGAAUGGGAUUCAAACCAUGAAUACUGGACAUGUGCAGCGGCCGGUACAGCCACUGCACCAAAAACCCUUUUCUUUUUGUUUUAUUACGCUGAAUUUUCUUAAGAAAAUUCUUUAACAAAAAAUUGCCUAAAACAAAUGAUUCUAUUGCUAAUAUUCUGGAUUGAAGUUUUUCCACAAUAUCCCUUCAUCAUGUAUCAAAAAUAAGGGAGACUCUCAGAACAACAGCAUUAUAUUCCCCAGACAGCCCUGUCACUUGCUCCACCCAUCUAAUCCAUACUCAUCCCAGACUCUCCAACCUGUACAAUUUAUAAAAGUACUGGUUACAUCAACUGUAAAUGUAAAAGCCAAUAAAUAUGUUUUUACCUAAA